AUGACAUACGUUGUUUUGAGCCCCGUACUCCUCUUGUUCGCAGUGGCCAAGGUGGCUGGCUCCGGUGGAUGCCAAACGUGUCCUCCAAAUUUAUGGAUGCACUGUGAAUCCGGCAAAUAUCGAUGGUCGACUAGUGAACACCGUAAGCUGCUGGGAGCUACUAGAGGAUAUAAUGGUUACUCAAACCUCUCAGCUUGCCGAUUCAUGUGCGAGGAGAUGCGUGGCUGUGAGAUUUUUGAAUACGGAAUAGACGAUGAA